UAUAUAAAUAUGGUAAGUUUUAUUAGUUGUUGUUUUUUCAGGUGUUGAAUUGAUCAUCAUACAGUCAUGGAGAAGGCAGGGUGGAAGAGACAGUGGGGUUUGUUUGUGCUCUUAAUUGUUCAAUUAUUCUUCAUUGUUGAAGUUUCUGGGGCGACUCCAGUAAGAGGUCCAGGGAGCAUCAAUAGCCGAGAACUGAAGUCAUCACUUCCUCCACUCCGUUUGCAUAGAUUGGGUCAUGACUAUGUGGUAAUGGAUAAUGGCAUUGUUAUGGUCACUUUGUCAACCCCGAAGGGCAUGGUUACCAGAAUACAGUACGAAGGAAUUGACAAUAUUCUUGAGUAUAAUAAAGAAACCAACAGAGGGUACUGGGAUAUUAUUUGGGCCACCAGAGAAAGCGUAUUGGAUGGUCUACAUGGGACAAGUUACGAGGUUAUUACGGAAGAUGAAGAUCAAAUAGAGAUUUCAUUCCCAAGCAAAUGGGAUCCUUCGCACAGAGAUAUCGGUCGCCCCCUAAAUGUAGACAAAAGGUUUGUAAUGUUGCGAGGCUCGUCCGGUUUUUACACAUACUCGAUAUUUGAGAGGUUAGAGGGAUUUCCUGCGAUGACUAUCGGCCAAGGGAGGGUUGCUUUCAAGCUUCAGCACAAGCUGUUUAAUUACAUGGCAAUAUCGGAUACAAGGCAAAGGGUGAUGCCAACGCCUUACGACCGUAGCAAUGGUCAAACACUUGACUACCACGAAGCUGUCGUGUUGACCAAUCCAUCCAAUCCAGACCUUAAAGGAGAGGUGGAUGAUAAGUACCAGUAUUCGUCCGAUAACAAGGACAACCGGGUACACGGGUGGAUAUCCUUGGACAAGGGGGUCGGGUUUUGGGUCAUCACACCAAGCGAUGAGUUCCGGGUAGGUGGGCCUCUCAAGCAAGAGCUCACUUCCCACGUGGGCCCAACUAGCUUAUCAGUGUUUUUCAGUAACCAUUAUGCCGGCCGGACUAUGUCACUUGCAUUCCAAGAUGGAGAACCAUGGAAGAAGGUUUUUGGUCCUGUUUUUAUCUAUCUUAACUCCGAUUCAGCUAAUAAGGAUCCAUCUUCACUCUGGGAAGACGCAAAAAAACAGAGUGUGAGAGAAACCGAAAGCUGGCCAUACGAUUUCCCCCUCUCGGAAGACUUUCCCAAAGCGAAACAACGGGGUACAGUUAGAGGUCGAUUACUAGUCCACGACAGGUACAUAAACAGAAAUCUUAUUAGUGCAAGUUCUGCGUAUGUUGGGUUGGCUAAACCUGGAGAAGUCAGAUCAUGGCAAACAGAAAACAAGGGUUACCAGUUUUGGACCCGAGCUGAUGCUGAAGGCCACUUUGUGAUCAAGGGGAUCCGACCCGGCAACUAUAGCUUGUAUGCAUGGGUCCCUGGCAUUAUUGGGGAUUACAGAAAUGAUUAUUUCAUUAAUAUCGCCCCAGGUGGGGAAAUCAGGGUGCGUGAUCUUGUGUAUUAUCCUCCAAGGGUGGGUCCCACCUUAUGGGAAAUCGGCGUACCGGACCGCACCGCGGCCGAAUUCUUCGUGCCCGAUCCCGAUUCAAAACGAGUCAACAAUUUAUACACCGACCAUGCUGACAAGUUCAGGCAAUACGGGUUGUGGGACCGCUACUCAGACCUCUACCCGAACCACGAUCUCAUCUUCACCGUCGGCACCAACAGUUACCAAAAAAAUUGGUUCUUCGCUCACGUUACUAGGAAACAAAACAACACCUAUGUACCAACAACAUGGAGAAUUUCAUUUCAAUUGGAACAUGUGAGGAGUGGAGCUUAUACACUUCAACUAGCCUUGGCAUCGGCCAGUAUGUGUGAACUGCAAGUUCGGGUCAACAACCCACGGGCGGCAUACCCUCACUUCACAACGAGGCUUAUAGGAAGGGACAACGCGAUCGCAAGACACGGGAUUCACGGGUUGUAUUCACUGUAUAGCGUGGAUAUAUCGAGUUUUCAGCUUGUCAAGGGAAGCAAUUCGAUCUAUUUGACACAGUCAAGAGGGGGAAGCCCUUUCAGUGGACUAAUGUACGAUUACCUCCGGUUAGAAGGGCCUCCGUACGCAAGUUGAUGUGUUGAUUGCAGAUUCACAUUCACAUUCAUAAAAAGAUAGAAUUCGUGAUUUAAAUUGUUGAGCUAUAGCUUUUAUGUUAUUGCAUUUAUUAUUUCACCAAAUUGUAAAGUUUUUUUACAAUUUAUAAAUUGGUGUAAUUAGCAUAGUACUCUUGUCAAAUCGUUUGAAUUUCGAAAAAGUGGUUUAUUGGUAUUUGAAUCCUGAUUAGUAUCCAAUGAACUUGAA